AUGCAGCUCUAUCGCUCUAUAAGUGGUUCCGUCUCCAAGACGUGGAAUUCUAUCAACCCGGCCACCCUUAGCGGGGCUAUUGAUGUCAUUGUCAUAGAGCAAGAAGAUGGCACCCUCGCUUGUUCGCCCUUUCAUGUCCGGUUUGGCAAGUUUUCGCUCUUGCGGCCAUUCGAGAAGAAGGUGGAGUUCAAAGUGAACGGCAUAAAACAAGAAUAUGCCAUGAAACUGGGAGAGGGGGGCGAGGCGUUCUUUGUCUUUGAAACGACCGAUGACAUCCCCGCAUCCUUGCAGACCUCGCCGUUGGUAUCUCCGGCAGCCAGUCCAAGAGCCCAGAGCGAACCAGAUAUUCUCCCUUCCCUGCAGGAACCAGAUUACCUUGACCUGGACAAAGGAAACGGGGAUGCAUUGUCGGAAGGCGCAAAGACCCCACCGGCGAUGGCGAUGCCAUCGAACAAGUUACGGGCCAACACCGAUCUAGGGACAAUAACACCCUUAUCGGGAUCUCCCGACGAAUCCAACGUGGCUCGUUCACCGCUCGAUCACACACUGUCGGACAAUGUGCUUUCGACCAGCUCUCCUCAACACCAUGAUAUUGAUAUCGAGGGCGAACCACAUCAGCGCUCUCGUAGCCCUCCUCUGUCUCCACAGGAAGCGGUGUCUCGUGCCAUUUCGCUGUCAAAGAAACUGUCUGGUUCCAAUAUUCCAUCACAUGUCACUGAGACUGGAGACCUGAUGCUGGAUAUGACUGGCUACAAAAGCAACGAAGAAGAUGCCCUUCGCGCGGAGGUUGUUGCGCGCAAGAUUCUUGCGGAAGAGCUUGAAGGAAGCUAUGAUAUCGGUGCACUGAUUGGAGCCGAUGAACACGGCAACUUAUGGAUAUACAGCAGCGAAGAGUCCAAGGAACUAGCUGAUCGGAGGGCCACUCUUCACUCCAUGCGGCCGAACAUAGGGAUGAACGAUGAUGCUCUCUCCGACCCAGGAUAUCACAGCGAAGGGGAACAAGCUGUCUUGGAGCCAUCAUUGACUACGCGCCAUCACCGAACCAAAUCAGAUGUCCAACCCGGCUUUCCCACACCACCUGACUCACCCUUACAUGAUUCUUUCCCCGUCGAAACCCGCAACUAUGCCAAGACACUCCGCUUGACAAGCGAUCAACUUAAGGCCUUGGAACUGAAAGGCGGUGCCAACACAAUGUCUUUCAGCGUCAACAGAGCAAUUUGCACUGCAAACAUGUAUCUGUGGAAUGGCAACACCCCGAUCGUGAUUUCUGAUAUUGAUGGAACUAUCACCAAGUCGGAUGCCUUGGGACAUGUUCUCAAUAUGAUCGGACGUGAUUGGACUCAUGCGGGAGUCGCCAAGUUGUACACCGACAUUGCCAACAAUGGGUACAAUAUCAUGUAUCUUACGAGUCGGUCUGUAGGCCAGACAGAUACCACACGGGCCUAUCUUCACGGCAUUUCCCAAGAUGGAUACAAACUACCAAGAGGUCCAGUGAUCUGCAGCCCAGAUCGCACGAUGGCCGCUCUGCGGCGGGAGAUCUACUUGAGAAAACCUGAAGUUUUCAAGAUGGCAUGUCUGCGGGAUAUUCUCAACCUCUUCUGCGGCAAAGAGAAUCCCUUCUAUGCUGGCUUCGGAAAUCGAUUGACAGACGCAUUGAGUUAUCGUUCUGUGAACAUUCCGUCUACUCGGAUCUUCACAAUCAACUCUAACGCUGAAGUGUCUUUGGAUUUGCUUAGUCUCAACAAGUACAAGAGCAGUUACGUGACGAUGCAAGAGCUGCUCGACCAUUUCUUUCCACCGACCAGCCUUCUUGUACACGACGGUGGCGAGGAAUAUACGGACUUCACAUACUGGAGGAACACUCCGCAUGAGCUUGAAGAUUUCUCGACAACAGACAGCGAGGAUGAAGACGAGGAAGAUGCCGAUGAAGACUUGGCAGAAGAAGACGAAGAUGGUGAUGAUGAUGAUGAUGAAUACGAUGAGGACCUGAGCGAGGGUGAAGGCAGCGAGUAUCUUGACGAGGCUGAGUUGGCCGAGGAAGAUCUUGGUGCAAGCUACAUGUCGCAGGACUCGGUUGCCUUGUCCAACCCAGCAGGCUCAAUACUUGAGUCGGUGGAAGGGGAGCUCGAUGUCGAAGAGCGGGCUAUCGGUGAAGAGGAACUGUCUCCCAUCGUCGAGAAACCACAAGAAGCAACCGAGCCGAGCACAACCUCUCUUCCCAUCCGGUCCAAGAUUCCCCAGAAUCUUUGA